ACUUCAACCUCUACCCCCUCAUGUGGUGCACUGAUUGUUCUUGAAGGUUGUGAAGACACUAAUACUACUUUACAAUCUAAUCAAUUGUAUGAAUUUUUAAAGAAUGAAGGAAUAAAAGCUAAAUUAUGGAAAUUUCCUGAUACUUCAACACCUUCUGGGAGUGCUCUUAAAGCAUAUCAAUCAACUAAUCGACAACCACAUCUAAAGACACUUCAUUUACUUGUUGCUGCUCAUUGGUGGGAACUAAUGCCGAUAAUGAAAGAACAUCUUAUGAAUGGUAUUACUUUAAUCGUGGAUCGUUACGUAUAUUAUGCAACGGCUGAAUCUGCUGCUGCAGGAUUGGAUUUACAUUGGUGUAAAUCAAGCUAUUCACAAGUCUUAACUCCUGAUCUGAUCUUUUUCUUGAAUAUGGAACGAGAAGUUAAUGAGAUAGAUAAACAACAAUUAUCUUUACCUCAUGUUAACGAUGUUUUAGGUAUUGGUAAUAAUGAUUCUGAUGAUGGAAGAAAGGAAUGGCAAAGAAGAAUACAAGAUUCACUUUCCAGAUUGGCUGAAGUUCAAUGGAAGGUAAAAAUUAUAAUACAAACUUGA